UUCCAUAAAUUUUAGGUACUGGUGGAAAACGUUUCGCGUUGUUUUCUGUAAAACAGCCAAAUAUUUUCUUUUUAUGAAAUAAAUUCUAAACAAUGGAGUCGCUGUUGGAACAACAACGACGCUAUCAUGAAGACAGAGAAAGAACCAUGGAUGGAAUGACCAAAGAAAUGCUCCAUCCGAAAAGAUCCUUGAGAGAACAAAUUAAUUCAGAUCACAGAUUGAAGCAGCUGUUGGAUAGAUAUGUUGAAUGUACAGUAGAAUUAAAGGAUUUAUAUGAUGAUAAUGAUGGACUCAGAAAGGAGGAAAUUCAAGCUUUAGCUGGUCCUAAUGAAUAUUCAGAAUUCAGAUCCAGGCUUGUAGCCAUUGAAAAAUUUCACAAUCUGCAUCCAAAUGAGAUCAGUAUACCUAUGUCCGUUGAAUUUGAAGAAUUAACCAAACAGAGAGAGGCAGGCGCUGAUGAAACACAAAAUUUAGUGGAUUUCACGGAUGAAGAAGGUUAUGGUAGAUAUUUAGAUCUACAUCAAUGUUAUGAGAAAUAUCUGAAUUUAAAGGCUGUAGAGAAGAUUGAUUAUGUUAUGUAUUUAACUGUAUUUGAUAGACUAUUUGAUAUACCUAAAGACAAGAAAAACAGUGCUUACAGAGAAUAUUUAGGAUUUCUACUGGAUUAUCUAGCAGAUUAUCUAAGUAGAGUUAAACCAUUACUAGAUUUAAAUGAUGAAAUGGAGGCAGUUAGUAAAGAUUUUGAAAAUCAAUGGGCAGAUGGUGUAUUUCCUGGUUGGCCUAAAGAGGCUAGUGGUGCUUUAACACAUACAGGUGCUCAUUUAGAUCUCUCUGCUUUCUCAUCAUGGGAGGAAUUGGCAUCUCUUGGAUUAGAUAGGUUAAAGUCGGCUUUAAUGGCUUUAGGUGUUAAAUGUGGAGGAACAUUAGAAGAAAGGGCACAAAGAUUAUUCUCUACAAAGGGUAAAAGUAUGGAAGACUUAGAUCCUAAUUUAUUUGCCAAAUCUAAACCAGGAAAAACUACUAAUAAAUCUAAAGAUGCAGAAAAACAGAGAGAUUUAGCAGCUUUAGAGGCCCAGGCUUACCGUAUGACUGAACUAUUAGGUGAACAACGAGCAUCUACAAGAGAUAACGUACAACGUAAACAAGCACGUACAGAUGCUGAACGAGAAGAUUCGGAUGAAGAAAAUAUGUCUGACAAUGAAUCAGAUGAUGAAAAUGAUAUUCCAUAUAACCCCAAAAAUUUACCCUUAGGUUGGGAUGGAAAGCCUAUACCGUAUUGGUUAUAUAAACUACAUGGAUUAAAUCUCUCCUAUAGCUGUGAAAUCUGUGGUAAUUUUACAUACAGAGGACCAAAAGCUUUUCAGAGACAUUUUGCAGAAUGGCGCCAUGCUCAUGGUAUGAGAUGUUUAGGAAUACCUAACACAGCACAUUUUGCUAAUGUAACAUCUAUAGAAGAUGCUCUAGCAUUAUGGCAGAAAAUAAAAUCUGGUAAAGAACAAGGAAGAUGGAAGCCAGAUCAAGAGGAAGAAUAUGAAGAUUCCCAAGGAAAUGUUGUUACAAAGAAAACUUUUGAAGAUUUAAAGCGACAAGGACUAUUGUAAUUUAUAACCACAUCAUUUUUUACAGUCGUUUUACAUAAUGUAAAUAAAAAUCAUGUAAUCAGAAAAAUAUAAUGAUUAAUACAA